GGGCGGUGAUGAUCGCGGAUGAGGGAGAGACAGACAUAUGAAUGCAAAGGAAUUAAAUCAGAAGGGCCAUUUACCAAAACGGCCGGGACGAGGGAGCUAAAGAAUGAUCUCAGGGAGGUGAGGGAAGAGCUCAAGGAAAAGAUGGAGGAGAUAAAACAGAUAAAAUGUGUAAUGGACAAGGAUUUCGAUAAACUCCAGGAAUUUGUGGAGAUUAUGAAGGAAAUGCAGAAGGAUAUGGAUGAGAAGAUGGAUGUUUUAAUAAAUAUACAGAAAAACAGCAAGCUUCCCCUUAGAAGAGGACCAAAGGAGCAUCAGGAACUCGGGCAGAUAGGAAAGCCUGACAUAGAAUCACAGCACCUGUUCAAGAAACUGGAGGGAGCUGAAGGAGCAUCGCUUUGUAGUCACAAGAAGAAUAUGGCACUACAGAAACUCAGAAAGGACCCACUGGACUCCCUUCAAUGUGGGACCUGCUAUGAGAAAUGUAUGUUGUGUGCCCUAAAGAACAGCCACAAUCAGGGCAGGAGACCACACCGGGCCUGGGCACCCUCCUCAUCGUUGGCAUCUGGAGCUGCAUUCUGAUGUAUCUGUGCUACAACCUCUACAUGAUCGAGGACAUGCUUCCAACUUAGUGCUGCCACGGAACCGGAACCCACCAGAGCGCCAUUUCAUCCUCCCCCAACUCCUUGAGCUGCACAGUAGAGGCUUGUUGCCCCUUCCAUACCACCCCGCCUCAGGCCUCCCGCCACCAGAUUAAAAUCUUCAUUGAAAGCCAAA